AUGUCCAAAACGAAAGGUCGCGCACGGCAGUUUGCCGAAUGGGUAGAUCAGCCAGUUAAGGAUUUCGAUCCUGAGGCAGAAAUCCUAGACGAGGACGACGCCAGUGGAAGCGAGGAAAGCAUCGAUGAAAAUGCAGGCACAGAACAUUAUGUCUCUGUAGGCAAGAGCAAGCUUCGUCGCAGAGACCCUGUCGCAUUAGGGCCUCAGUACCGAGGCGCUCCCGUGAGCCGAGAAGCUCUCGAAGAUGAAGAUGAAGACGAAGGUCAAGACGAUGACGACGAAAGUGGAGAGGAUGAAGAAGGCGAUGAAGAUGACGACUUAGAAGGGUUUGAUGACCCCGAUACCGCUGACCUCGAACGUGACCAAGACGACGAGGACGAUGCAGAGAUUGACAGCGAAAACGCCUUCGACGAAAGCGACGAGCAAAAAUUCAAAGACUUUGUAUUCAGAGGAAGCUCCCAGACCAUUCCCCACAAAGGAAAGAGAGUCGCAAGACCUACCGCUGCUGAUUACAUGGUAUCUGACGAGGAAGAUGACGAAAGCGACGGGGCGGAACUUAACGGUGAGGUCUCUGAAGAUAUGGAAGAUGAGGAUGAUACCUCUGGUGAAGAAGGGGUCGAUGGAUUCAUAGACGACGAGGCGGAAGAAUCUGAGGACGAAAAUGAAGACAGCAUGGAUGAGGACGAGGACGAGGACGAAGAAAUGGGGGAUAGCGACGAAGAGUUAGAUGAGAAGGAAGAAGAGGACGACGACGACGACGACGACGAUGGUACUAAAGGGACAUCGCAGAUCAACGAGGCGAACCGUUCCGCGAUCCAAGAAAUGAUGAAUGCUGGCCAGCGCACUGUGGCUAGUACUUUAUCAACGGCAGCCCAGAAAGACGUUGCUAAAGGGAAGGCAGUUCGGCAACAGCGAAAAGCAUUUGAUGCGCUGCUUAACAUCCGCAUACGACUGCAAAAAUCACUUGUCGCAGUAAACUCAUUCAGUACUCUUGAGGAGCUCGGAGAUCAAUCAGAACCCUACGAAGCAGCUGAAGCGGCUGCGCUCAAGCUUUGGAAUACUAUUGAUGGUUUCCGCACGAGUAUUCAGUCUGACUCGUCGGGAAAGACUGGCCAAAAGAGGAAACGAGCCGCGGAUGCAGAUACGUCCAGCCAGGAUAUAUGGGAAAAUAUGAAGGUUAUUGAACAGCGCGCAAUUGUUCGCCGCAGGGCCGUUCUGGAGAAAUGGUCGCAUAGCGCCCGAAACAUAAGAAUGGUGGAUAGGUCGUCGCGUAAAUUUACCAGUAUAACAGAAAAGUCCCUGACUACGAGGUUGGAUGAAGAGCUUGAUGCACCCGAACGGCUUAUCAAACGGACACGGACACCGCGAUCAUGCGCUCCGGCACAAGUCGCAAAGAAGAUCAACGAAGACCCGACCAUCUACGAUGAUGCUGAUUUCUACCAGCUGCUAUUAAAGGAGCUCGUCGACCAGCGCACUGGAGAUGCGUCCGGCGCCCCGGGCGGCCCCACAGCAACGAUCCGGUUCGCCGCCGUCAAGGAAGCAAAAGCAAAGCGACAUGUGGAUACCAAAGCUAGCAAGGGCCGAAAGAUGCGCUUUAACAUUCAUGACAAGCUGCAGAAUUUCAUGGCGCCGGAGGAUCGCCGGAGCUGGGAGCAGAGCGCCAUCGACCGCUUCUUUGGAACUCUAUUCGGCCAGAAACUUGUACUGAACGAGGACGAGGAAGACGAUAAGGAGGCGUCUGACGAGGAAAUGGGCGGUGCGCCGAUUAACGACGGAAGCAUUCGAUUAUUCAGAGACUGA